GUGUGCUCCUGGCGUUCAGUAAGAAAAGCGUCGCCCAGCGGUCUAGUACGAACGUAUACCGAACGCUUUGUAUAUCCUGUAAAUUAUAUCCUGUGUGUGCGAUUGAUCACGUCUGCCUGGCAGAAGGCGAAGGAAAUCCCUGAAACGAUAUUACAAGCCAAGUGCGCUUGAGUUCGUGUAUUUCCGGUUGAACAAACACAUAAGCGAAACAUAAAAGAAAGGCGAAAAAAAAUAUAUAUACUUACACAUUUUCCACAUGCCCCCCCCCCCAUACUUAUGUCAAUAUAUAUAUCUAUAUAUAUAUGUAGCAUAUGUAUGUGUAGUACAUAAAUAGAGUAACCAGCCAGCACGAAAAGUGAAAAUACAUAGAGGCAAAGCGAGGCGAGAGCAUAUUUCAUAAGUUUGCACUCCGCACACAUAGAAAGCAGCGGCGAGAGCCAGAGAAAGCUGGCGACAAAGGCUAACGCACGACCUUUGGCACCGAGUUCACAUCCUGCGGAGGGGUCAGCAGCGAAUCAAUAAAGACAAAGACAAAGCCAGAGCAACUGCAUCCCCAAAUACACCAAAAACACCAAAAACACCAACACACUUCGCGUCCACAUCGAGUCCAAGCGACCAAAAUUCACUCGCAAAUUAUGCUGACCAUGUCGACCCUGAUGAUGCCAGCACCGACCAUAGCCAUGGGUGCCCCGCAGAUCACAAUGGGUCCGCACAAGCCGCCGGAAACGAAGCUGCUGGCCAUCCAUCCCGCUGCAGCGGCCGCAGCAGCCGCCCAGCAGCAGCAGCAGCAACAGCAGCAGCAGCAGUCGGCGGUGACAGCUGCUCAUUUGCAGCACAAUGGCCAGCAGCAGCACUCGCAGCAGCAACAGCAGCAGCAAAUGUCGCAACAGCAACAGCAACAGCAGCAGCAGCAGCUCGUGGGCAGCAACUCCAAGCCAGAACAGUUUCACAUUUUUGUGGGCGAUCUGAGUGCCGAAAUCGAAACGCAACAGCUAAAAGAUGCAUUCACCCCAUUCGGAGAAAUAUCAGACUGCAGAGUUGUGCGCGAUCCGCAGACGUUGAAAUCAAAGGGCUAUGGCUUUGUCAGCUUUGUCAAGAAAUCGGAGGCGGAAACCGCCAUCACUGCAAUGAAUGGCCAAUGGCUGGGCUCGCGCUCGAUACGCACAAAUUGGGCCACACGAAAGCCGCCGGCAACCAAGGCAGACAUGAACGCCAAGCCGCUGACCUUUGACGAGGUCUACAACCAGAGCAGCCCCACCAAUUGCACUGUCUACUGUGGCGGCAUCAACGGCGCCCUCUCCGGUUUCCUCAACGAGGAGAUCCUGCAGAAGACCUUCUCGCCGUACGGCACAAUACAGGAGAUAAGGGUCUUCAAGGACAAAGGAUAUGCAUUCGUGCGCUUCUCCACCAAGGAGGCGGCCACACACGCCAUCGUGGCCGUUAACAACACGGAGAUCAACCAGCAGCCGGUGAAGUGUGCGUGGGGCAAGGAGAGUGGCGACCCCAACCACAUGUCGGCCAUUGCCGGUGGGGCCUUGGCCCAGGGAUUCCCCUUCGGCUCGGCGGCUGCGGCGGCCGCAGCGGCUGCCUACGGACAGCAGGUGGCCGGAUACUGGUACCCGCCGGCACCCACAUAUCCGGCGGCAGCACCCGCCAGUGCCCUACAGCCAGGACAGUUCCUGCAGGGCAUGCAGGGUUUCACCUACGGUCAAUUCGCCGGCUACCAGCAGGCAGGAUACAUGGGAAUGGGCGUCCAGCUGCCUGGCACCUGGCAGAGUGUGCCGCCCCAGCCUCAGCUGGCCAGUGCAGCGGCUGCCACUGCGCCGCAGAUCACACAGAGUGUGGGCAGCGCAUUGCCGCAGGCGGCCGGAGUGGUCGCCUAUCCGAUGCAGCAGUUCCAGGUCAGUCCACAGCUGGCGGAGGAUGAGUGGCUGGCGCCCAGUCUGCUCGUGUAGCUGCCAUGAGGGAUGGCCAUGUAUCCCACACAGCAGAACCAGCAGCAGCAGCAGCAACAGCAACAGCAGCAACAGCAGCAGCAUAUGCUGCAGCAGCAACAUGAGCAGCAGACGUCCGGGGAAUAUGUGAAGGAGCCGCCCUA